AACGAAAGUGCUACAGUACCGAAAUCCGAAAUCUUUUCGAAACUAAACAAGGUAGCAUUCUCCUCUUUUAUGUUUGAUGGCCAUGAUUCUUUGCUGCCACCGUGUUGCCACCCUCCUCGUUAAUUGGUUGUAUGAGUGCGCUGCUAUUGGAUACGUAUUUGUGUUUUGUGGAUUGAGAAUACUACUCUUCUCCAUAUAUAGGCCAUCAGAUUGCAUUUGGCUUGAAAUGAAAUCCUUGAUGUGGACCCAAGACGCAUCUCCUCUACCGUGUUAUCUCUCAAGGCAGUACUUAGUUAGUGGUGUUCCUCAUCAGGCAUAUAUGGGUGUGUUUGGUUGGUGGCCAGCUCUGGCCAUGGCUUGCUGGGGCUAAAUUUGAUCUGUUUGGUUGCUUGUUCAGCCUCCGGAGCUAGGCCCAAUGUAGUCAGCCGUACGCUCAGGGCGUAGCUAGGGUCGAACAGCCGAUUCGGCCGUUAAGUGAAGCCAGGCCAGAGCCAGCUCCCCGAGUCGUUCCAUCACCGCCUCGGCAUCUACCGCCUCAACGACCCCUGCUGCAGCUGCAGGUGGUCGUGGUCGUGGCUGCCAGCUGACUCCUCGCCGUGCUCAAGCUCGACGACCAUGGCACCGGUUCCAUCUCCUCUGCCUCUUGUUAUUGCCGCUUCAGAGGAGGGUGAGCGACAGCGACGUGCGCUCGUUGCUGCCGGCCUCGGCCUUCGGUACGGAGAGGUCUGAGAGCGCCUUCCGCGUGCGCCGGAGCUAGCCCUCGUGGAUCUGCCCCUACUGUGCGGAGCCGGCGGCGGGCGCGGCCGCCGGCACCAGCAGCGCGGAGGCCGAAAUGCCCACGAGGCAUUCCUAGCGACGGGCCUGGUCGACUGUCCGGAUGGAGGCCGAGAGCGGCGGCAUUGUCCGGCGGAGGCUACAGAAGACGGAGUCGGCGGAGAUGCAGUGGGUGGUCUCGGGCAGCACCAAUGAGGACGACGAGAUCGGCUUCGACACCCCCUGCAGCGCCAGAUCGGCGGCCUUGCCGUUCGCCUGCUUGUCGUUGGCCUGCUCGCGGGGCGCCUGCUUGUCGUGCGGAGACGUGCGAGGGGUCGGAGGCGUGCGAUGGCCUGCUUGCGGUGCGGAGCGGUGCGAUGGCGUGUGCAUCCAGAGGACGCCGGCGAUGGCGUGUGCAGAGACGAAGACAGAGUCCACCACCUUGCCAGCAACCUGUUCGAUGUAAUGUCUCAGAGAGAGGUAAACUCACCAGUAUGAGGAAGAGAUAAUUGUAUGCAGACCAAGUCAACCAACAAACACGAACUCAUCCUAGUCAGGCUCAACCACGAAGGCAACCAAACAAAUCUGGCCAGUCUAGGAAACGAAUCAACACACCUUAGUUUCUAUCGGAUCAGAUUGAGAUGGAAAGCUGCUGGUAUUGUAGCUUCAUCGACAGGAUCAUAUUUCUGCACGAAAUAAACCAACAGUUAAUUACAUAAAGAGGAACAGAAUGAUAUGAGAGAAGAAAGGAUGUGGUCUUCUGAAUCACAGAGCAAAACUGAGAUGAUAAAGCGAAAAAUACAGUGACAGUGAAUCAAAAGACAGAAUUAGCUCGUUGGGGAUGAGAGUGAGAGUGAGACCCCCCUCCCCUCGGAGAGGGAUUCAGUGACUUUGCUUCAUAAAGUCACGUCGUAACUUUCUGUCUAUCUCACCCUUUCAUUCAAGAUCCAACGACUCUAAAGCAAUCAGGGCUGUGCUCCUCUUUUUCAGAAUAUCUUUACAAGAUGCUGGUGGCGGGAGCGCUCAGCUCUGCGCGGGAGUUUUUCUCUGCCGCCGCCCAUCCUGCACGCGCCCGCCGUCCUGCACGCGCCCUUUCGGUCGCCUAGCCGCGCGGUGUGCCGUCGGUCCACCAGCGAGCCGCAUCGUCCAAGCCCGCGCUCCUCGCCGGAAACUACAGUUUCAGCCGCCGUCCGGCCGCGGCCUCGCCUACUAGCCCAAGACCCGAGCCAGCCGUCCCGGGCAUCGCCAUGCCGCAAGUCCCGUACAACCUCCUCGCCAUCCAAACUGGAGUUCAGAACUGAUCCGUUCAACCUCCUCUCCAGUACAGACUGGAGUUCAGAACAGCACCAGCCCAGAAUUUGACAAGACAAUGGUAGAAGUUCAGAAAGGGAUACCUGAAAUUGGUUUAAAAUUCAGAAAUCCAGAUGAGGCUUGGCAGUUUUGGGUGGCAUAUGGAGGUCGUACUGGCUUUGAUGUGAGGAAAAGAUACACAAAUGUAAGUAAAUGUGAUGGCAAGGUCACUUCAUGCAGAUAUGUUUGUGCCAAUGAAGGUCAUCGAAGAAAAGGGCAAACUGAUCAUGUGCCGAAGUGUUUUAGAGCUGAAACUAGGACUGAUUGUAAAGCUCGGAUGAGUCUUUUGUUGGAUCGAGGUGCAGGAAUUUAUCAAGUUACUGAUGUCACACUUGAACAUAAUCACUUGCUUCACUUGCCUCAAACCCGCCACUUGAUGGCAUCUCAAAGAAAAAUUUCAGAAUUACAAGCUUUUGAGAUUGAGACUGCUGAUGACUCUGGAAUUAGGCCCAAGGCUGCACAUGAGAUGGCUAGUCGUCAAGUUGGUGGGACACUUAACCUUAGCUACACUUGUCGUGAUCGCAAAAAUUAUUUGCAAACCAAGCGGCAAAGGGAGUUGGCUUUUGGACAAGCUGGUAGUAUGUUGAAGUAUUUUCAUGAAAAAAUUGCUGAGAAUCCAUCAUUUCAAUAUGCUUUGCAGGUGGAUUGUGAUGAGCAUAUAACCAACAUAUUUUGGGCUGAUGCAAAAAUGAUCCUUGACUAUGCACACUUUGGUGAUGUUGUCACAUUCGACACCACUUUUGGCACAAACAAAGAAUAUAGACCAUUUGGUGUUUUUCUUGGACUCAAUCAUUUUAGAGAAACCACUAUUUUUGGUGCUGCGAUUCUCUUUGAUGAAACAACAGACUCGUUCACAUGGUUGUUUGAGACCUUUCUUGCUGCUCAUAAUGGAAAACAACCUAAAACUAUUUAUACAGAUCAAGACGCAGCAAUGGCAAAAGCUAUAAAGAUAGUAUUCACUGAAUCAUACCAUGGAUUGUGCACAUUUCACAUAAUGCAAAAUGCUGUCAAACAUUUAUCUCCAGUGAAGGGACAAGAAAAUGAAGAAGGUGAAGACAAAGAUGAAGAACAUAUUCUAUCUGAUUUUAGUGCUUGUAUGUAUGAUUACGAGGACAAGGAAGCCUUUCAAGAAGCUUUUGACACUAUGAGAUCUAAAGUCCACAAACAAGCUUGGUUAGAUAGUAUCUACAAGGUAAAAGAAAAAUGGGCUGAAUGUUAUAUGAGAGAUGUCUUCAGUUUAGGAGUGAGAAGUACACAGCUAAGUGAGAGCUUUAACAAUGCACUAAAGAACCAUUUGAAAUCAGAUUUUGACAUUGUUCGAUUUUUGAAGCACUUUGAGAGGACGGUGGAAGAAAAAAGAGAAAAGGAAUUAGAAUCUGAAUUUGAGGCAAGGAAGAAGAUACCAAGAAGACUAAUAUGUACCCCUAUGUUGGUGCAAGCAAGUGAAGUGUAUACUCCAAUUAUUUUUGAAGCUUUCCAAAGUGAAUAUGAGCGAUCUUUGGCUGCAUGCACUAGAGUAUUGGAUGGAGAUAACAAGUAUGCUGUUUCAGUUGCAAAUUUACAUGGUGAUUUCAAUUAUGAAGAUGAGCGCAUAGUGGAAGGUGAUCCUGUAAACCAAACAACUUCAUGUAGUUGUGGAAUGUUCAAUAGGACUGGAAUAUUGUGUGCACAUAGUAUAAAGGUUCUUGAUUUAAUGAAUAUAAAGAUAUUGCCAACACAUUAUGUGCUAAAGAGAUGGACUAGAGAUGCACGCAAUGGCAGUAUCCUAGAUAGGCAAGGAAGAAAUGUGGUAGAAAAUCCAAAGCUAGAAGCUCAGCUUCGGUAUAGGAACCUUUCCCACAAAUUUCACAAUAUAGCAUAUAAAGCAGCUUGCUCUCCAGAACGUUGUUUGUUGAUAGACAAUGCACUUGAUUGCCUUGGUACACAGCUAGAGAAUUUAUCUGUUAGUGCUAUGGAUGAAAACACAUAUACUGUCCAAGAAAAUGUUGACCCAAAUGUGCAGCAAAGUGAUGAACUUUUGGGUGCUGCAAAGCUGAAGAAAAAAGAGGUUCAGCCCAAAAAAUUAAGAAGACAGAGAACUUGGUUAGAUAAGUUACGCAAAUGUAAGCGUAAGCCAACUAAAUCUCCUGCACCAACAAAAAAGAAAGCAAAGGUAAAACUUGCAACCUGCAUACUUGUCUAUGCUAUUGCCAUUCAGUUCAAUGUUUAUAAAAAGAAUUUCUGGACUAACUUGUUGAACUUUCAUGGGCAGCAACAAAAGCAAGGUGAUGAUGUCCUACAUCCCCAAGUUGGAUUGGAGAAAGAUGACAACAACAAGAGCAUCGCUGUGGAAUUCCAAGAUUACAAUGGCAUUGGAAAUCUAGGCUGCUUUACUCAGCUCAUAGCAGCUCCAACUUGUGAUACUGAUAAUCUUGAGUUCUAA